UAGAAAAAGAGGUUAUGAGCGCUUGGAAGCGAAUGCGCAUUGUUCAUAUAUGUUAUGCUACUUUUCCCGGUUAGUUAAUAAAGUACAGAAAGGGAAUUGAAUGCUUGAUUACUUCACGAAUCAAUAGUUAGUUAGUUAAUUUCUCGGACGGGAGUCGGCUCUUCAUCGUUCACCUAAAAGAGCCGGUUCAUUGAGCCGACUCGUUCGCGACCGACUCAUCACCAGAAGGGACAAUCCGGAAAGGAAACCCGAACCUCCACUACAGGAUUCGCAAUGAAGCUUCCCAUUAAAAUCUUUGUAUUCGGGAGUCUGGGGGCAGCUUUAAUCGCGCUCCAAUGGCGUGGCCCCACUUUUAGUGAAGAGUCUUUGAAAGGCGUGAGGGUGCUGGUGACUGGUGCGAGCACUGGCAUUGGAGAACAAGUGGCGUACCACUACGCCCGCAUGGGUGCUCAGAUUGUCAUCACAGCAAGAAGAGAACAUGUAUUAAAAGAGGUUGUAAAGAAGUGUCUGGAACUGGGAGCUCAGAAAGCCCUGUAUAUUGUCGCGGACAUGGCCGAAAUAGAUCAUGCAGACAAGGUGGUGGAAUUUGCUGAAGAGCAGCUUAAUGGGCUGGACUACAUGGUGCUUAACCACAUUGGGCCAAGUCCAUAUGGGAUGUGGGAUGGCGAUGUGGAUCACAUUCGAUGGCUCAUGCAGGUGAAUUUCCACAGUUAUGUGAAAAUGGCUGUGAAAGCUUUACCAGUCCUGGAGAAGACUAAUGGAUCAAUAAUGGUUGUCUCUUCCUUACUUGGUAAAAUGUGUUCACCAUUUGCAUUGCCAUACAUUGCAACCAAAUUUGCCCUGAAUGGCUUCUUCGGGAGUCUUCAGCAUGAGCUGGGUAUGAAGCGCAGCAACGUAACUGUCACUGUCUGCACCCUGGGCCUCAUCGACACAGAGUCAGCCAUGGAGAAAAUCAAAGGCUACAUUGACAUGCCUGCUUACCCUGCACAUGAGGCUGCGUAUCAGAUCAUUAAGGCUGGAGCGCUUUGUCAGAGCGAGGCCUUCUACCCCUGGUACACCUACUAUGUCACACUCUUCAGAGACUGGUUCCCUUACUACAGGGAUCAAGUUAUUAGGAACGCUUACAACUACCAACAGUAUUAAUGACUGUGGACUGGUGCUGCAGUGGAGUGGUGUCCCAGGGUAUAUACCUGCCACAUGCCCAGUGUUCUCCAGACCCACAGUGACUGACCGUGAUAAACAGUUCCUGAAAAGAAGAUGAAUGAAUAAAUGAGGUAACAAAUUGUGGCAUUCUAUUUUGAUAUACUUUUUAGUAUGGUGCUAUGCAAUUUGGGAUGCAGUCAUAAAGUGACAAUUGUGUUUUCCUAAUGUUCAGUACUCUUAGUACCUUGGCUAUAAGGGUAACCAAAUCAAAUCAGCAUGUGUACUUGGAUUAUUUUCACUGGUAAUGGAAAUAACUACAAAAUAUGGGCUCAUUUUCAUACUAGACUAUCUGGUGGUAAAGUGUUAUAUAAUACAUUGUAUAUGCUCUACAAAGGCAGUAUGGGUUUUUUAUGGGUUUUAAGGGUGCAAAGGGUAAAUGUGUUUAUGAUUCAUUACAACACAAACUCAAUGACUGUAGCACUUUUUAUCAUGGUAGGGUUUUUUUUUUUUGUCUUUACUUUGAUCUGUCCUCAAAGUUAUAAACCUUUUACUAGGAAAUCCAUUGUCAGACUGUGAAUGGAACGUGUGUCUCCUUACACCUUUAAAGGACAUGGGACAUGAAACAUAAAUGCACGCUAUAUCAGUUUCUUUCCAUUAAAAAUAUGAAAUAAUUGCAUCAACAAAUACAAAAAUAUCUAUUAAAUUCAGCAAAAUCGUUAUAUUCGUGAUGAUUAUAUGGCAUUUCUGCUCGAGCUCCGAUAUGCAUAUUUUACAACCGGAAGAGCCACUGUCACGUGAUCAUACGUCACAAAAACUUUCGGGUAUAGCACAAGCGGGUAGAUGAAUAUGGAGACGUGUGAAUCGUGAUGAUGACGAAUGCGACAAAAUAGUUUUUGUGUCUUGGAUGACAAGAAAAUUGUUUCGUUUUUAGAGUGUUUAACGUACAUUGAACAUCAUGGUGUAUUGCGACCUCCCAGUCAGUCAGACGUGCUGUUACUCCUGUUAGCAAUGUAGCUAGGCUCAGUAUGGCCAACGGUAUUUUUUGGGGCUGUAGUUAGAUGCGACCAAACUCUUCCAUGUUUUUCCUGUUUACAUAGGUUUAUAUGACCAGUGACAUGAAACCGAGUUCAGUUACACAAAUUGAAACGUGGCGAUUUUCUAUGCUAUGGAAAGUCCGCACUAUAAUGACAGGCGUACUAACACCUUCUGCGCGCUUCGACAGCGCAUUGAUACCUUCACUCGGAGUUGUACCAUUAUUUUUUAGACAGGGCGGACGGACCAGGGCAUUCGCCCGCCUGGCCGUGCCCGACGAGGAGCGCUCUCGGCCGGCUUGGGAGGCAGACGGCAGCCCCUCCUGGAAGUGUGGUUUUAUCAUGGGCCUCAUGCGGUAAGGAUUAGUAUUAUAAUUUUGGGUGUAUCAAUUAUUGAUUAUCAUAAUUCUGACUCGUUUCGCCAUUUUGAAUGUUUUCAUCUCGGACUCUGGAAGCAUUGUAUCUCAAUCAAUCUCGAAAAAUAUCAGCAAAAAAAAAAACUAGCUUGCAACGGACUUUAGCUAGAUCUAUGAUGAACUUUCAAUGUAUGAUACAAAAAUAAUACUUCUUUCAACAGAUCAUUAGCCUUUGAGCAGAAUUGUUUUUAACUUACCAGGAAGUGUUAUCGAGCCGACCGCUUUCAGUUUCAUGGGUCUUGAAUGAACUCUCACUCUCAGAAUCAUCUGACCCGUCAGAGUAAAGACAAGAUCCAUGUUCAUGUGAAUUUCCAGCUAUCGGUUCGAAUUGAUAGGGUCUAACUUCACAUCUCUGUGAAACAUCGGGAAUGUCACUGUCGAUGGUGUCCAUUUCGGUAACCUGUUUACAUUAGAUACCCAAGCGCUGGCUCCUUGAAAAGUUUUUGUGACGUCACGGGUCACGUGACCACUUAGCUAAUUAACGAAUCAUUGUUUUACACUGAUGUAUAAAAAAGUUGAAUAAUGUGAUGAUUUUCACAUUUUUGACGCCCUGCAGUGAUUUAGAUGGCAUUUCUUAUGUCCUUUAUACAUAAUUAUACCCAGAAAAAAAAUCCAUGUCCCAUGUCCUUUAACAAAUGCACUUCCUUCAAAUCAGUGGGCUUUGAAUAAAGGUUCUGAGGUGUGCUGAGUUGAGAUACCAUGCAGAAAUCCCCACUGUUAUUGCAUGAGUGAUUAGAUAUUGCAGCAGAAGUGCAAAACUUUUGACUGUUAAACUUUUUAUGACUCAUCUUUAAUAAAUGGAGCUUUCACUUGUGUAUUAACCAGUCUUUCUGAUAUGUACCUUUUGAAUGACAGAAUGUGAUGUCUUUAGCCACUACUAUUAGUAGCAUAGUUCAGUCUCUUUUCAAAGUAAACAUAUCUUUAUUCAUAUGUUAUUGUGGUAUCCAUGUUCUGAAUCCUAGAAACUGUAAAAACUCUUAUAUUUUCUCAGGCUUGAAAAGUACGGUCAACCUGAUGUAGCCUAAAUUCAGCUAGCUAAACCUUAUACCUUGCUUUUACUAACUUUAGCUUUUAGUUAGUAGUGUCCAACAUAUCGAUAGGUAAGUGCUAUUGCUUUUUCUUGGUUUUGUAAGAUAUGCUUAUAUGGUUUCUUGCUAGAUUUUUAAUAUAAUCAGUUAAAAGUCAGCUAGCUAGCAGCAGAGAAAACCAAACAGAAACUAUUUAUUUCUACCUUUGAUCAUUUUCAGGAAUUUCGCCAGUUUUUAAACUAGGAAAUCUUACUCUAGAGGCUAUAUUCAUCUAACAUUAUAUUCAUGUUGUUUGGCCAGAUGCUAGACUGCUCUUUUUACAAGCGUCACCUGAUUAAUUGCAAUAAUUAGAUACGUCCACUAGGAGGCAGUGGUCUGUUAUAAUAGUGACGUGGGCUGAAGUGUCUGGUCACCUUUUCUCAGCCAAAAUACAGAAUAUAAACUAGAGCAAUUCUAAUCUUUGUCUUCCACUGUCACACUGUGUGUACACUGUUUAUAUAAGUAUAAUAGAUAGAUAGAUAGAUAGAUAGAUAGAUAGAUAGAUAGAUAGAUAGAUAGAUAGAUAGAUAGAUAGAUAGAUAGAUAGAUAGAUAGAUAGAUAGAUAGAAGUGUUUUACUGGUAAAUACUCCACUCAUGUUUUUCAUACGAACUCCAUCGGGAACACUGAGUAACAUAUUGGCCUAAUGGUUAGAGAAGCAGCUUUAGGACCAAAAGGUCGCUGGUUUGAUUCUCUGGACCAGCAGGAAUGGUUGAAGUGCCCUUGAGCAAGGCACCUAACCCCCAACUGCUCCCCAGGCUGCUCUAGGUAUGUUGUAUGUCACUCUGCUAAAUGCCAUUAAUGUAAUAUUUAUGAAUUGUUUUGAUAAAUUUGGGUACUUUUUGUUUGUGAAUGUGUCUGUAUAAUAAAAAGAAAAACACACAUUG